CAUUUCACUCGAACAGUUUGUUUCCAACUCUCAGUGCGUAAUGUACACUCUAAAUCGCGUUGAAAAGUAUUAAGAAGUCGAUAUUACAACAGUGAAUAUAUUUUGCAAUCCCUUCAAUUACUUAAUUUAUAGCCUGAUAUUAUAUUCCAAAACUAACAAAACAUUGAAAAAUGUCGAAUUCUUUGGCAAACCACUUAAUAGUGAUCGCUUUGGUGACUCAAAUCAGGCAAGGCUUUGUAACUGCCGACAUACCGAAUUGUGCAUUCCGAGACACCGUUAGUCUAGUUAAUAUACGUCCGGAUUCAUAUGGUUCAUAUAAUUAUCAGGGUUUACGCAUACCCCACAAUUUGACAGCCGUGUACCGUUAUGAGGAACUCUCCGAUGGCACGCGUGUCUCUGCUCCACCACAUAUCAGGGGCUGUGCGUGUAAGCUGAAACAAUGCAUACAACUCUGUUGCUUAAACAAUGAGAUGCUGGACAGCACGUCAAAAAAGUGUGUCAAAAUGAAUGCCGUUGUAUACCCUCGAAUCACCACUUAUAUGGAUAAUUUCACAGAAAAUGGCAUGAUCGACGUGUUUCAGGAUUUCGUGCCGCAACAGCGUAUGCCUUGUGAGGAAUUCAAAAUUUUAAAUUCCGAACUGGAUAGUGAUUUCAAUAUUCUAUUCGAGAACGGAACUAUAUAUCAUGCUAUGAAAGAAGAAUAUAUACCACACCGUGAUUUUUGUCUAACGCCCUUCUGGUACAACAAUUCAUUGAGCUUGAAUCCCAUCGAAUGUUUUCAGAAAAUCCAACCGACGACUUAUAUGAAUAUGGCACUUUUUACCGCAUCGGUUCCAUUCCUAUUGGCCACAAUUUGGGUGUAUUUAUAUGUGCCACAACUACGCUGUCUCCAUAAUAGCUGUCUCGUCUGCUUCCUGGGCACUUUCGCGCUCGGCAGUUUAAUACUGUCGUCGGUACUAUGGGUCAAUUACAGUUGGGGGGCUUGUCAAACUAUGGGUAUCUUGUGUUAUUUCUUCAUGAUAUCCGCUUUCUUCUGGUUGAAUGUAACUUGUUUCGAUUUGUGGAUGAGUAUACGUGGCAUCCGAUAUGAGCUCCGAACGAGCAGUCCACGUUUGCGUUUCGUUUAUUAUUCGAUUUAUGUGUGGUCAGCAGCAACGAUUUUUACCGUUACCGCUAUUACUAUUGAGCAUACGAACAUUAGCGAUGCGUGGAAACCAGGGUUUGGCAAUGGUCAAUGUUUUAUAAAAUCGAGAGACUGGUCAGCAAUGCUUUAUUUCCAAGGUCCAAGCGGUUUGCUAAACUUAUUCAAUGUAUUCUUCUUCACAAUGAGUGUCAUACAUUUGUAUCAAAUCCAGGAAGACUCAUAUGAACUCAAGAAAGAAACAAGUCAGCAGUACAAGGUUUCAACAUUUUUGCGUUUGUUCUUGGUAAUGGGUGUUUCAUGGAUUCUGGAAGUUUUUACAUACUUAUUCGCACAAAAUAAAUCAUUUAUCAUCGUAAUAUUCAAUAUGAUGAAUGCCUCACAAGGCAUAAUAUUGUUUAUUGUUCUUGUGCUGAAGAGGAGGGUAUUGACUUUGCUGAAGAAGCAUAAUACAAAUAUGCCAAAAUUGUACGAAAAACGUCAAAUUUUCCUCAUCGCAGUGUGCUUGCUUUACCACGUACCAAUUACGUUUGCCAACAUACCGAAUUGUGAAUUCAAAGACACCGUUAGUCUCGUAAACAUUCGACCGAAUAAGGAUGGCUCGUAUGAUUUUGCUGGCAUACAAAUUCACAAAAAUUUAACUGCCAUCUAUGACUAUGAAGAACUCGCCAAUGGCUUGCGUGUUUCUGCGACACCCCACAUUAGGGGCUGUGCGUGCAAACUAAAGCAGUGCAUACAAUUUUGUUGCCCGCCAACUCAACUUUUGGAUAGGACCACUAUGAAGUGUGUCACUCCCAACGAUCUCAGCUUCGAAUAUUUACCGGAACUGGAAAUAUUUACGGAAGAUCUGGAUUGGACUUUAAUCGAUGUACAUAAAGGUUUUGUUCCACAACACCGUUUACCCUGUGAUAACUUUGCUAUACUAAGUCCUUUCGAAUAUGAUGACGACGCCUACAUUUUGUUUGAGAAUGCUUCUAUAUUACAUGCGGUUAAUGAGCAGCUUCUGCCAUAUCGUGAGUAUUGUCUAACACCCUACUGGUACAACAACUCUUUGAGUUUAAACCCCAUUAUUUGUUAUGCGAAAAUGGCUGUCACAACUUACGUCAAUAUGUCAUUCCUUGCAAUAUCAGUGCCAUUUCUAUUGGCGACAAUCUGGGUAUAUUUGUAUGUUCCGCAGCUACGCUGCCUUCACAACAGCUGCCUGGUCUGUUUUCUGGGUACCUUCGCUAUCGGCACUUCGCUACUAACGUCAACAGCAUGGUUCACUUACGGUUUGUUGGCCUGUCGUGUAAUCGGUUCCAUUUGUUAUUUCUUCAUGAUAUCUGCUUUCUUCUGGUUAAAUAUUACUUGUUUCGAUUUGUGGUUAAGUAUACGUAGCAUCCGAUAUGAGCUCCAACCGAGCAGUCCGCGGUUGCGUUUCGUUUAUUAUUCGAUUUAUGUGUGGACAGCAGCGGUAAUGUUUACCGUUAUCGCUGUAACAAUUGAGCAUACGAAUGUUGAUGAGUCUUGGAAGCCCGGUAUAGGUUUGGGGCAAUGUUUCAUAAAAUCGUGGGAAUGGUCGGCAAUGCUGUAUUUUCAUGGACCCAGCGGGUUGUUAAUAUUAUUCAAUAUUUUCUUUUUCAUCAUGAGCGCUUACGAUAUUUAUCAAAUCAAAGAGGCCAACUACAAAAUCAAAUGUGAUAACAGCCAGCAAUUCAAAUUCGCCAAAUUUUUGCGUUUAUUCCUCAUAAUGGGUAUAUCAUGGAUUAUGGAAGUGCUACCGUAUUUCAUACAGACAAGUAAUUCCAUGGUCUUCAAAAUCUUCAAUAUACUGAACUCAUCGCAAGGCAUAAUAAUAUUUGUCGUGCUUGUGCUGAAGCGGAGGGUGCUAAAUUUGCUAAAGAAUCGAUGGAACGCAUAGUACUCAAUCAUUCAUAUGAAGUACUAUAUGUAAACAACCACACGUAGUUCUUUUGUUUGUACGAAAGAAGGCCGCUGUUUCUUGAUAAUUUGUUGAUGCGUCAGCAGAGUGACAGAGCGAAAGAGAGAGAGUACAAUUUUAUAAUAAUUAUCAGCAUUAUCACAUAUAUUCAUAUACAUAUACAUAUAUAUACAUUUAUUAUAACAAAAUCAUUUAUUUUUUUAUAAUAUAUUAUACAAAUACGUGUUUUUAAAAAUAUUUUUUAUUAAAAGAU